AUGGCUCAAAAGGUGGAAACAGGAGGUCUGGGAGGAGAUGUAUGGGAUGACGGUGUUUAUGACGGUGUUAGAAAGGUGCAUGUAGGACAAGACCAAGAUGGUGUAUCGUUUAUCAAUGCCGUGUAUGAAAAGGAUUCUGGAGAGGUUGAAGGAGGUGAACAUGGAAAUAAGACGCUACUUGGGUUCGAAGUAUGUACUUUUGAGGUUGAUGCAGACGACUACAUCAUAUCAGUGCAGGUAAACAAAAUAUUUGGCCAUGAGUCCGACGUCAUCACAUCUAUUACCUUCUAUAUAUUCAAAAGGAAAGCCUCUCCACCCUAUGGAUUAGAGACCGAAAAAAAGUUAGCACAAGGUAAACUUCUUGGGUUCCAUGGACGCGCCGGAGAGGUUCUGCAUGCUCUUGGUGCGUAUUUCGUUACAACCACAACUCCUUUAACUUCUGCCAAGAAGCUACCAGCAGUUGGUGGUGAUGGAGGAAUCGCAUGGGAUGAUGGUGCUUACGAUGGCGUUAGAAAGGUGUUUGUUGGACAAGCACAAGAUGGUAUAUCAGUCGUCAAGUUAUUUGUGUACGACAAGGGCGAUGAACAUGGAAAUAGUACUCUACUCGGAUUCGAAGAGUUUGUACUUGACUAUCCGAGUGAGUACAUCACGUCGUUCCAUAGGAGUGACUCUGAGGUCGUUACCAUGCUAAGGUUCAAGACUAAUACGCAAACUUCUGCUCCUUUUGGAAUUGAAGCUGGGACUCAAAGAGUAAAGUUCCAAGAUCUUCGGACUGAUUCAUCAGUUUGGAGUCCAUGUCUUUCCAAUCACUAA